UGUUAGUGUUAAUAUUUUGAGCCAUCAGAUCAUAUGAUCGACAGGAACAACCUCAUCUAAGAAUUAUGAAAUAAACUCAUAAUAUAUACCAGGAUUAAAACUUUGUACACCAGUUGGUCUACCAAAAGACUCAACAGUGACGCUCAAAUAAAAAGAGGUAUUAUGUCAGCAUUGCCAAAGAAAAAUGGACACCAUCAGAAGUUCACAAUAUGUGUAGAAGGGAACAUAGCCAGUGGUAAAACAUCUUUUUUAGAAUAUUUUAAAGACACACAUAAUGUUGAGGUGAUAGAAGAACCUGUAAACAAAUGGAGGAAUGUUCAAGGAGGAAAUAUUUUAGCGAGGAUGUAUGAAGAUCCAACCAGAUGGUCAUUAACACUCCAGACAUAUGUGCAGUUAACAAUGUUACAGAAUCAUGUCAAACCACAGGAAAAAGCAAUUAAAUUAAUGGAGAGGUCAAUAUAUAGUGCAAAGUAUUGCUUUGUAGAAAACUUACAUAACAGCGGUAAAAUGCCUGAUUUAGAGUUUGUAGUAUUAAGUGAAUGGUUUGAUUGGAUAAUAGAUUUUCACAAGUGUCCAUUAGAUCUGAUUGUUUACCUACAAACAACUCCAGAAAUUGUUUACGACAGAAUUAAGAAACGAAAAAGAAAAGAAGAACAAACUAUCCCAUUAGAAUACUUACAAACGUUACAUAAUCUUCAUGAAGAUUGGUUAAUACAUCAGAGAAAAUUUCCUGUUCCAUGUAAAGUAUUAACAUUAGAUGCUAAUUAUGAAUUAGACUACAUGCACAAAGUAUUUGAAGAAAAUAGAAAGAAAAUUAUGUGCGACAGUGGAUGAAUCAGAAACGAAAAAUGUUAUCACUGCCAAAUGAUAUAAACUAAGCGUAAAGAAAGACUUACAGCUUCAAGUUGGGAUACAUGAUUGUGAUGUUCUGUUUUUCAGCAGCAUAGAAGAAAAUGCUAGUGAUCAUGAUGAUUUAUAGAUCAAUUGCUCUGUAGACAGAUCUUGCAAUAUAUCUGAUAUGUUUGUUCUUUUAUCAUGUUUAUGGGCCAACUGCUAGAUGUUGUGCUUUUGGUGUAUUAUGAUGGCUUUUUAAUGCAAUUUGAAUGUUUAAUAAAGAAGAAUAGAUAAACUUCAUAGA